GAUUGUAGCAGUUUUUUUUUUUGGUCAAGACUCAGCACUGCCUGUGCACUUUGAAGAUUGCAGACUGCAAGCAUGUCUCGUCUAGUCACUCGGAUCGUCCUUUCAAAGCGCUUGCGAGCCACUCUGUCAUUGUUACCACGGAGCAUCUCGCCCUUCCGCCCAGUGCACACAAGUCCAGGCCUGAAAUCUCUCACCCGCUAUGACGAGACUACAGACUGGCAAAAGAAGCUCUCUCCUGAACAAUAUGUGGUCACAAGGGAAAGGGGGACUGAGGUGCCCUUUAGUGGCAUCUACCUGAACCACAACGAAAUCGGAAUGUAUCACUGUGUCUGCUGUGAUUCACCACUCUUCAGCUCAGAAGCUAAAUAUGACUCUGGAACGGGCUGGCCAGCUUUCAAAGAGGCUCAUGGGACAUGGGAGCGAGACGAGAGCCACGCCUCCAUCAUUCGUCGUCCUGACAACAGCCUAGGGAGCGCGAGCAUUGAGGUCCUUUGUAAAAACUGUGAUGCCCACUUGGGUCAUGUAUUUGAGGAUGGGCCCGAUCCGAUUGGUCAGCGGUUCUGCAUUAACAGCGCGGCCCUCAACUUUAAACCGAGAGAUGACAACAAACCUGACAACACUGAAGAAAAAUAAUAUUUUAUCUGUACUUGUAUGUCACUAACAGUACCAUUGCCUUUUAUUUGUCAUUUCAUUUGUUCAUUGUUUGUUUCAUUUUCAUUAUAUUUGGCCGACUGAACUAUGUACAUGAUCUUAUAAUUUAAUAAACUGUCAGUCACUGUCACA